UGGUGCUGCUCGACCGGCGAUGGGUCCGGUUGAGAAGUCCAGAUUGAUGAUGAUUGUCGUUUGUUGACUCUCAGCUCAAUCAUCAACGCCAUCGUCAAUUGAAUGUUUGAAGACAUCGACGUGGACAGACUCCGUUGUUCCCAUAUUCCUUGUAGUGCUUUGACUGCAACUGGACAUCCCACUGCACGAAUCCACUCUGCGAAGGACUGUGCGGAGCGCAAGAUACAGACCUCCGAAGAAUUCUGCGACCGUCAGGAGAUAUUUGAAGAAGAGUUGGCAAGUAUGAGCAAACAGCAAUAUCAUUUGCGAUGCCUUGGCAAUCAUCCUCAAACCUUACGUACAAUCUGGAGUCGUUCGGACCGGACUCGAGGUGUGUUCGUGGCAGGACGGGCUUGAUGAACCCUGUGCUCGACCGGCUCUUGCUCGCGGUAACA